ACGAUGAAAAUCAGCGAUUUUAUCAAUUCCCUUAAUAAUAGCCCAUUUGAAGACACAGCCAUCAUAAAUUUCCAAGCCUUCAAAAAUGAAAAUCAAAACAAACCAUCCGAUUCCCAACUGUAUGAAAACGAAGAAUAUUCCAAUAGAUACGUUCGAUUCAAUGAAGAGAAGAAACCUUCGAAACUCCCCAAAUUGUCUACAAUCCUAGUGGGUUUCAUGUUGUUAUCAGCCUUCAUAAUCCUGCCAAUAGUUUACUUAAUAAAUUGUUUUCGAUUUUCCUUCGAUAACCAGCAAUUCCAUCAUCACGAUCGUGCAAUUGCAUUUCCCCACAGCUCCAUCAAUUCAAAUAUCAAACCCAUUUCUGAACCAAACAAAUUACCACAGCCUCCUAAGCCUGAUUAUGGUGUAUGCAAAUCGAUGACAGAUGUCAAUAAGUUCGAUUGCUAUCCAGGAGGGGCAGUCGAUCAGCAGAAAUGCGAAGAAAGAGGGUGCUGUUGGUUGCCCCGAUCCGAUGGGGUGCCAUUAAAUGUACCGUAUUGUUUCUAUCCUUCGAAUUAUGGAGGUUACAGUGUGGUUAAUGUGACCGGUACGAGCUUCGGUUUGACUGCCUUUCUGAAAAGGGAGUAUUCUACAGGAUAUCCAGGAGAUGUGGGAGUUAUUAAGAUGGUGGUGAAGUACGAGUCGGAGACUAGAUUGCGGGUUAAAAUUGUUGAUCCAUUAAGUAAUCGAUAUGAAUGUCCCUAUCCGGAAAUUCCGAUCGUUGAUAAAGCUUCGAUUAAUUUGAUGUACCGAUUUGAAAUUGAUACUUUUCAUAGGGGUUUCAAAGUGAAGAGAAAAAGCGAUGAUACAAUUAUAUUUGAUUCCAACGAUUUCACCGAUUUCAUUUAUUCGGAUCAACUAUUACAAAUUUCUACGAAAUUACCGUCAGGGAAUAUUUUUGGUAUAGGAGAACACAGGUCAGGCUUGAGGGUUUCUACAAAUUGGACCCGUUUUACUUUGUUCAAUCACGACGAAAUUCCCACGAAUCAGAAAAACCUUUACGGCAGCCAUCCAUUCUAUCUGGCAAUGGAAAAUACAGGGAACAGUCACGGAGUUUUCCUUCUAAACAGCAACGCAAUGGAUAUCCUCCUGCAACCGACUCCUGCCAUUACGUUCCGUACAAUCGGAGGAAUCUUGGAUUUCUACUUCUUUUUGGGUCCCACUCCUGCUGAAGUAAUCGCCCAGUACACGGAAGUGAUAGGGAGGCCUCUCAUGCCGCCAUAUUGGAGCCUCGGCUUCCAUCUUUGUAGAUUCGGCUAUAAAACUCUGAAUAAUACCAAAAUGGUGAUGCAACGGAAUAUUAACGCCGGAAUACCAUUAGAUACGCAAUGGAACGAUUUGGACUACAUGGAUAACAACAACGAUUUCACCUACGAUCCCGUGAAUUACCAGCAUUUGCCCGAGUUCGUCGAAGAGCUGCAUUCCAACGGGAUGCACUACGUGGUUCUCAUCGAUCCUGGGGUCAGUGCAAGCGAGACACCGGGCUCUUAUCCACCCUACGACGUCGGUAUAAAGAUGGACGUGUUCGUGAAGGAUCACAAUGGAAAACCGUUCGUUGGAAAGGUUUGGAAUAAAAAAUCCACCGUUUGGCCGGACUUCACCGAUCCAACGACGGUCGAUUAUUGGACGGAAAUGUUGAAAUCGCUCCAUCGUCAAAUGGAAUUCGACGGCGCCUGGAUAGACAUGAACGAACCGUCGAAUUUCCUGUCCGGUUCGUUCGACGGUUGCCCGGAUUCCCGUUGGGAACGACCUCCGUACGAUCCGGACGUAGACGGUGGAAUUCUCAACUACAAGACGUUGUGCAUGAGCGCCCGCCAUUACGCCGGCAGCCAUUACGACGUUCACAAUUUGUACGGAUUGUCCGAGGCCAUCGUUACCAGUUUUGCUAUGGCGGAGAUUAGAGGAAAGAGACCUAUGGUGAUAUCUCGAUCGUCCUUUUCCGGUUUGGGACGUUACGCUGGUCAUUGGAGCGGUGACGUUUGGUCAUCUUGGGACGAUAUGGGAUUUACCAUUCCAAGUUUAUUAAGCUUCAGUUUGUACGGUGUACCAUUAAUGGGAGCCGAUAUUUGCGGAUUUAACGGCAAUACAACGUCAUCUUUAUGCAAUCGUUGGAUGCAAUUGGGUGCAUUUUAUCCGUUUUCGAGGAAUCACAACACAGACGAUGGAAAUGAUCAAGAUCCCGUAGCAAUGGGCAAACAAGUCGUGGAAUCCUCCAUUAAAGCUCUGACUAUAAGAUACAAGUUAUUGCCCUACUUGUAUACUUUGUUCCACAAAGCUCACGUAAACGGCGAUACUGUGGCGAGGCCGCUAUUUUUCGAGUACCCCAAAGAUCUGAAUACCUACAAUAUCGACGAUCAAUUCCUCUGGGGACCGGCUUUGAUGAUUGCCCCCGUAUUAAAGGAAAACGAUACUUCGGUCACGACAUAUGUACCCCAGGGGACUUGGUACAAUUAUUACACUUUCCAAGGAUUCUACAGUAACGGUCAAAAUUACACUCUAGAUGCCCCAUUGGAUACGAUUCCUCUGCUAAUUAAAGGCGGCCACGUUUUACCGAUGCAAUCUCCUGGAAACACCACUCGUACAUCCAGAUUAUCCUUUGUUGAAUUAUUAGUGGCUUCCGAUGAUAGUAAUUACGCAAUAGGUCAACUCUAUUGGGACGAUGGAGAUUCUCUCAAUUCCUUUGAAGAGCAACAAUAUUCCUUGAUAACUUUCGAAUUGAACGGGAACACUUUGCGUUCUAAGGGUGAAUUUAUCGGUACUGAAAUCCCGCCUGAUUUGUCUACAGUGACGAUUUUGGGGGUUGCGAAGGCACCGAUGAACGUACAAAUCAACGGGCUCAGCCUUAAAGAUUUCGAGUUCGUUAAAAGCAAGAAGAGUUUAACUAUUAACAAUAUGAGCGUUCAAUUACGUCGACCCUUCGUUUUGGAAUGGAAGUAG